UUCUCUCGGCGGCCAGGAGUCGUCGUCGUCGUGGCGUUGCUUCCCUGCUAGAACCUACACCCUCUGUGACUUCGCUCUGUAUGCGCCGACUCCCAUGUCGCUUUUGCUGAAUCACAACGCCGAGGAAAAUGAGAGAUGAAGGACGAGCUGAGCGACGUCGUUCCCUGCUCUUCCCUCGCCGUGGAUUCCAUCCUCCGCGUCGGUACUGCAGGCGCGAUCUGGGGAUUAUGCAUAGGUCCAUACGAUGCUCGGAAAAUGGGCCUUUCUGGGAAACCUCGCGCUUACUUUGUGGCAAAAUCGGUCAGCAAGUUCAGCUUCCAAUGCGGACUGGUUGCUGGAGUUUUUACAGCUACACGCUGUGGCAUACAGAGAUACCGAAGGAGGGAUGAUUGGGUAAAUGGCCUGGUUGCGGGAGCUGUGUCUGGGGCAGCUGUUGCUGCAGGGACAAGAAGCUGGCCGCAUGUACUUGGGAUGGCUUGCCUUGUUUCUGUCUGUAGUGCUGCUGCUGAUUUUUCCAAAACAAACUAGAAUAUCCAGGUCUGAUAAAUCCUCGGUGCCGAAGAAAGAGGCAAUUUUUCCAGUUCUGCCAAGGCUAGUUGUCGGUAUCUUUUGGUUUUCAAGAAUCAUCUGGGAUACACAAUUCCCAGGCUGAUACAUAGAUUUGAUUCUUUUGGCAAUGAAACAAAGAAGGGGAUAAGAAAUCCUCGUCAUCUGCUUGUUGAGUCCUGUUGUAAAAGUCAUAACCUUUCUCAAAGUGCAUGAAAACAAUUAUUUACAUGCAUGCAAUACCGCGUAUACGUAGUGGCUUUAUGAUUGUUUUACGACACGGUCGUCGGAUACAAUUAAGACGAAGAAGGCUGAUCUGCUGCUGCA